GAGGUCGCUAUUGAGCAGACUCAUCUCCUUUGGGAACAGCAGUGACGUCAGUGAGCGCUGUCUCGGCUGCUGCUGCUCCUUUCAGAGAUGGCGUCUCUUUUGCAGCCCGUUAAAGUUGUUUAUUUGGUCAAAGGGGAGAAAAGGAUCCGAUCUCCCUUAUCUCAGCUGUAUUUCUGUCGCUACUGUUGUGAGCUUCGAUCACUGGAAUGUGUCUCUCACGAGGUGGACUCCCACUAUUGUCCGAGCUGCUUGGAGAACAUGCCCUCUGCAGAGGCAAAACUAAAAAAGAACAGGUGUGCAAAUUGUUUCGAUUGUCCAUGCUGCAUGCACACGCUCUCCACUCGGGCCACUAAUAUCCCAGCUCCUCUGCCUGAUGAUCCCACCAAGACAGCAAUGAAGAAGGCCUACUACCUGGCCUGUGGUUUCUGCCGCUGGACCUCCAGGGAUGUAGGAAUGGCUGACAAAUCAGUUGCCAGUGGUGGAUGGCAGGAGCCCGAAAACCCUUAUACUCAGAGGAUCAACAAACUGAUUGAGUAUUAUCAGCACUUGGCUCAUCGUGAGAGGCAGGAGAGAGACCGUCAGAAGCUGGCCAGAAGAAGACAGUGCAUGCCACUGGCGUUCUCGCAACACACUAUUCAUGUGGUGGAAAAAUAUGGCCUUGGAACUAGACUGCAGAGACAGAGGACUGGAGCUCCCAUAUCAAGCCUGGCUGGUCUCUCCCUCCAACAGGGGGAGGAAAAGAAAGAGAUCUUCAUUGAACCUGCUCAGGCUCUUGAUGAAGUGGAGCCACUGCCGGAGGACUUUUACACCAGGCCCAUCAGUUUACCUGAAGUGACAACGCUGCGCCAGCGGCUCCUGCAGCCUGACUUCCAGCCUGCAGACGUGUCCCAGCUCCACCCCAGACACAAACACCUCCUGAUAAAGCGCUCACUGCGCUGCAGAAAAUGCGAACACAAUCUGAUUAAGCCGGAGUUUAACCCAACUUCAAUCAAGUUUAAAAUCCAUAUGGUGGCCAUGAGUUAUAUUCCCGAAGUGAGAAUUAUGUCCAUUCCGAAUCUGCGUCUCAUGAAGGAGAGUCAGGUGCUGCUGACCUUGACCAACCCAGUGGAGAACAUCACCCACAUCACAUUGAGUGCCUGUGAGGAGGAGGAUCCUGAUGACAUCAACAGCACUGCCAAGGUUAUAGUUCCUAGCAAGGAGCUGAUAUUGGCAGGGAAGGACGCUGCUGCAGAGUACGAUGAACUGGCCGAACCUCAGGAUUUCCAGGACGACCCAGAUGUGGUUGCCUUCAGGAAGUCCAACAAGAUUGGUUUCUUCCUAAAAGUCAUCCCUCAGAAGGAGGACGACGGCGACGUCACGAUUGCCCUCAAGAUCAGACACGACUUCCGCAACCUCGCCGCUCCACUCAAGUCCAGCGAGGAGGCUGGCGACGGCGCUGUCGAUGUCAUAUGGCUCAUGCACCACGUGGAGCUGAGGCUGGGACCCCUGGCUUCAUGAACACCACCACACACUACAGUCUGGACCAGGCCCAGUGUUGGGGCUGAACUAGUUUCUACAGACAGUGGGGUUUGUUUCAUUGGAACUGAUUUCUGAUCCGGCUCAUUAGUGUAAGAGUAUUAAUGAUUUUGAAAUAACUUUUGUUUUAUUCACCUAAGCUUCAGUUCCAUCGCACAAACUCUAGCAUCAAGUUUUCUUUUUCCGUAUUUGUGGCUCGAUCCAUAUCAUGAUCGUGACCACGUCGUACUUGACUACAUUAAUGUCUCCCGCCGACACAGAACCGAUAAUGAAGUCGCUUUGAUUAGAAACACUGCACUUGUUGUUGUUGCUCCAGAGUGAGGAAAAAGUAUUAGAUUUGUCUAUUUAUGUCGAGAGAGCAGAGUGAGUGGAACGUGUAAAUAAAACGCUGAGGCCGUGAACAGAAUCAAAGAUGAGAACACACGACAGGCAACCUGCGAGCUCCGGUCCUGUGUCGUCCUGUUUUCAUAGUCUCAGGUCCAAACCUGGACCUGGCCCAUAGUCCGACUGUCGUUUUAGAAUCUUUGACAUUAGGGACAUGACGUAAGCACUGUAAAUGACGUGUAGUCUUAACGUUACCAUGUGUGGAGACACUCGGAUCCUACCUUCUACCCUGGAUGUAUCGGUCACAAGCUGCUGUCAGUGUUUGGUCUCCGUUGUGUAAACUCAGUAAAAUCCAAGGUUCAGAAACACAGUUGGGGCAGUGGUGGCUUAGUGGUUCAGGAAGGGGACUUGGGCCUGGAAGGUUCGAGUCCACCAGCGGCCAAGUUACCACUGAGAUGCUCUGAGCAUGGCACCGUCCCCACCCACUGCUCCCCCUGCUCACUUAUAUAAUUCACCUUCCCUUUCCCCUUUCCAGUUAACCAUCUGUAAUUGCAAAUAAAAAUAAACAAUAUAAAAUCAUGUGA